CCUCAUCUCGCCUCGAUAUUCCUCACCUUUACUCGAUGCUCCUCAUCUCCACUCGAUGCUCCUCAUCUCCACUCGAUGCCCCUCAUCUCCACUCGAUGCUCCUCAUCUCCACUCGAUGCUCCUCAUCUCCACUCGAUGCUCCUCAUCUUCACUCGAUGCUCCUCAUCUUCACUCGAUGCUCCUCAUCUCCACUCGAUGCUCCUCAUCUCCACUCGAUGCCCCUCAUCUUCACUCGAUGCUCCUCAUCUCGAUGCUCCUCAUCUUCACUCGAUGCUCCUCAUCUUCACUCGAUGCUCCUCAUCUUCACUCGAUGCUCCUCAUCUCGAUGCUCCUCAUCUUCACUCGAUGCUCCUCAUCUUCACUCGAUGCUCCUCAUCUUCACUCGAUGCUCCUCAUCUUCACUCGAUGCUCCUCAUCUCCGCUCGAUGCUCCUCAUCUCGACACUUCUCAUCUCGACUCGAUGCUCUUCAUCUCCACUCGAUGCUCCUCAUCUCGACUCGAUGCUCCUCAUCUCGACUCGAUGCUCCUCAUCGGCACUCGAUGCUCCUCAUCUCCACUCGAUGCUCCUCAUCUCGACACUUCUCAUCUCGACUCGAUGCUCAUCUCCACUCGAUGCUCCUCAUCUCGACUCGAUGCUCCUCAUCUUCACUCGAUGCUCCUCAUCUCCGCUCGAUGCUCCUCAUCUCCGCUCGAUGCUCCUCACCUUCACUCGAUGCUCCUCACCUUCACUCGAUGCUCCUCACCUUCACUCGAUGCUCCUCAUCUCCACUCGAUGCUCCUCAUCUCC